AUGUGAAGUAAUAUGACUAGCCCCAAGAACAGACUCACAGAUUUAUAGGUUAAUGUCACAUGAAUGUUUCUGUGAGAAUAUACGGAUUAAACACUCCUGUCGGUUAACUUUUGGACACACAUAUAUGCGUGCGUAGCCCACAUAGACAUUCAAAUUAAAAACGCAAAGAAUAGAAUUUGGAUGCACAAUUAAAAAGAAGACACACGCAAUCUACUCACACACACUCACACACCUCACACACCUUUCCAGCUUGUUCAUCCUCAUCGUCAUCUGAGCAGAACUGUCUAGCAGCAGGUCUCCACUGUGGUUCUACUCUGGUUGUUUUCUUUUACAAGGAUUCUACUGGGAUCCAACCAUGGGCGUCCAACAGAACAUUCCUGCACUAGAGAUCUUCCUGGGGAUGCUGGGCUUCGGUUUCACCAUCCUCUUCUGCACGGCGUUCUGCAGGGUGUGCCAACGUUUCCGCGACGACCAGCUGGAGCGGGAAGAGUGGUUGCGUAACCGCGAGGCGGACCGGCCCACCUCAGUGUUCGUCAUCCCGGUCCAGGGCGGCCACUCCGCACUGGGGAGGGAGGAAUACCCCGUUAGAGGGCCACCGCGCUACAGCCAAGAGGUCCACAGACCGCCGCGCUACAGCACCACCACCGGCCCACCCCCGGCCUAUAACGAGCUGGGCUUCAAACUAGAGGACCUCCCCCCUGGUUACACAGAACACAGCCUGGUCCCCAGCUACCCCACGUCCCCCCCUCCAACCUCCCCCAGCAUGGGACCCAAUCAAACAGAGGUCUUCACACCCGCUCACGCGGUGCGGGAGUGAUGGCCUUAAUGAGACUCGGUACGGACCGGAGAGAUUGCAAUGCACCUUAUGUCUGGAAGAUAAUUAUUUUAAAUAGAUGCUCUUUUCCUAGUUGUGAUGUUGGGCAGUACACUUUAAAUUCACAGGGGGAAACACACAAAGCGAUGCCACGGUUGAAGAGCCACGGAGCCUCUCGGCGUCGUUGAAACCAUGAAAGCAUUCAACCACACUCCUUGAAUUGUCCUUCUUCGUCUUAUCCUUGGGAAGGGCUGGGGGAGGUCUUUGAACCCCUUCUGGACGAUACCAGUGAGGGGAAUGGAAACUAAUGGUAAUCUGAUCAACAGCGGUUACACAUGGGCAUACAUAGGAACACUGUGUAGGAAUCUACAUCAACACUAUGAGGCCCCACGUUCCACUUGUUAUUGUCUGCAGGGAGAUGGGUGGCAGCCAGCAGGUUUACAACACAACACAUGAAUACAGACAGCAACGUAAACCAGAACACAAUAGAAAUUAAUUCUGAAAGCGAUGGGACACAAAAUAGGUCCAGGUCGCUGUGCACUCUCACUCAGUCCAAUAUCCAGCCAACUGGAAUCCAGGUCAGGCUUUAAAAGACAAUGUGCAGACAUGGCUGGAGCUAGUGUUGAAUGCAGCAGAGAAGUCUGUAGGAGUCUGACUAUACAAUGUUUGUAGUUUAUGUUUGUAGUAAUGUAUGUGUUUUCUUAAUGGUAUUGACGUUAGCCAGAGCUCUUUCUCUGUCGUUGAUAUUUGUGAAACCAAUGGAAACCAAUCUUUCCAUCAGCGGUAUUACCUCCUUUACUGUUAUGACUCUAUUACCCGGCUCUCGUAACAGUGACUUUAGAAGGGAGGCUGUUUGUUAAUUUGGUUCAAGUUCAACUCCGGAAUUGACAAAUACCAAUGGCAAUUCCAAGUUAAUGUUUGAUCACAGAUGGCUUGCGACACGCAUCUCUAGGUUAUAAAGUGGCACUAACUGCCCUUUGUUUCUCCUUGUGAUCCCUACUGGGGAAAACGUUGACCCAUUGCAAAUGUACACAGGAUAUUCAAGGCUACGUUAUGAUUUAUAUUACUAAUUGUUUGUCUUGAGUUUCUUAAACGUGGGAAUGUUUGAUGUGUACAUCCUGGUUUCAAACUGAAAGAGUUCUUCAACUUUAUGGUCAUUUAUACAAGAGAAUCGCACAAUGUGAGGAGUGGUCCUAGACGAGGUGUCUCCCGCCCUAUCUCUCUGUGAGAGACAGCAAUCGCACUAAGAAAUUAUGUAUAGUUUUAUGAGUUUUAUAAAUUGUCAAAUUACUACUAUACUAUAGAAGUUGUACUAUGAAAGUCAUGAUUGUACCUUAACAGCUUUGUCCAUCCCUCUGUGUUCACGUGAUAACUUAUUCCCUUUGUAUGAUCUAUAAAAUGAUAUUCUAAAUAAUGUAAACGAUUUGGAAAAUGCAUUUCAUUCAUUAAAUGCGUUCAAAAACGAGAAGAUAGGCUAGAGUUUUGUAGAGUUGUGGAUGUUCUUCUUACUAUAUCAAUGUAAAAAGUCAUCACAAUAUAUGAUCAUGAGCGAGACAAUUCAUCGCCUGUACUGUUAUUGCAUCUCCCUAUAACCGGCAGACAGGAUCAUACUAAGUGAAUAGUAUGUAAGUAAUAAGACUUGAGACCACUAGAGGGCGCUAUGUAUGUGUGUAGCAGGGCUGUGAGGGCUCUGCUCGUACGUAUCGUACAGUAUGCGUAUGGUAUCAUACAAUUAUAUUUUUUCGCAAAUAUAGGCCUAGUAUUAUGAAUAAUUGGAAACUUCAAGAGGUAAGGUUCAAGUGUAACCUACUCAAUGCAAAUGAAUAGGAGGUUGAUUAUGGAAGCUUCAAAGUGAACAAUAAACAUAUGGUUAUAACCCUGUAGUAACCGCUUUUUUGCUCGUAUUUUAUAGAUAUUAAGCCUUGUAUGCAAAAUAGGGAAAAUAUUGCUUUCAACAAUUGAGCCCAAAUAAAACAAAGACAAAUAGCUAAUAAGCAUAUGCUGACGUCAUUGCCUUUUUACGAACACACGCCAGGAGACCAAGGAUGGAAGCACUACCGCUGUGGUUCAUUCUAUACAACCCCAAUCACGCUUUAUUCAAACUGUACAACCCCUAUACACGCUGAAUUCAUACUAUACAACCCCUAUUCAUGCUGAAUUCAUACUAUACAGCACCUUUUUUUCCUCAUUUAGGUAAAACCUAAUGUGCGACCCUCACCAAAAAGCACUGUUUCACAAAAAUGUGCAUAAUUGAGCUAAAGUAUUUAGUAGUAGGCUACGCUUAACAUAUUUUGACGUGAGUCUACAUCCGACAACAACAACAUUAAGAAACACACUGUCAUUUUCAAUUAUCCUCAACCCAUAAACACUUGUGCGAUCCCCAAUAACUUGAUUUUACUGUGUCACGUUUGCAUGUAUAUGGGCAGCUGCACUGCAUUUGAUUUGUAGG